AUGCACGCCAGCACCACGCUCUUAACUGGGGGAACAGGCUUCGUCGGAGCCACAGUCCUGGAUGAGCUCCUGGCCCAGAACCACAAUGUCAUUCUGGCCGUGCGCUCCCCUUCGUCGGCCGCGUCGCUGCUCGCGAGUAACCCAUCCUGGCCCGCGUCGAGGAUCACCAGCCACACAAUCCCCGACUUCACCGUCCCGGGGGCCUUCGACUCUGUCUUCCAGACACAUCCUGACAUAGAAUACAUUGUCCACGUCGCGGCGCCCAUGGUCGAUCUGCCACCCGGGACCAGCUUCGAAGAGUGCUUCGAGAAGCCCAACGUGUUGGGAAAUCUGGGUUUGCUCCGCAGCGCAAAGACGUACGGGAAGAAUGUGAAAGCCGUGAGUGUCACGGGGAGUCUCAAUUCGAUCACGCUCGGCGACCAGGAGGAUAUCAAGAGGAGAGUCUUCUCUAGCAAAGAGUGGCUGCCCUUAGGCCGGGAGGAUGCUGUCAAGGCGCAGAGUAAUUAUGUCUCGUACUGCGUUGGUAAAAAGCUCGCCGAACAAGCCUUGUGGAAGUUCGUAGAAGAAGAGAAUCCUUCCUUCACAGUGACCAACUUCAUGCCGCCCUUGAUUUUUGGGCCAAUGUUGCAGAAAGUGGCUGGAGUAGAGAAGAUCAAUUUCAGCAAUGGCUUGAUUUAUGCCAUCAUGAACAGCAAGAAGAGUGAGAGCGGCAAGGUGCCGGCGACGGCGUCCCCCGGGUGUAUUGAUGUUCGCGAUCUUGCGAAAGUCCAAAUUCUCGCACUCACGACCCCCGGGGCAGCGAACAAGCGGUUUGUGGUCGGACACCCUAUCAUCUUCAAUCAGAUUGCCGAUGUACUGCGGAAGGAGUCCGUGUUGAAUAUCUCAGAUCGGAUUGGCGAGGAUAAUGAUGAUGCUUCAGCUUUGACGCUUCCGAGGCUCGAUACGAAGGAUGCAGAUGAAGUGUUCCAGUUCCAGUGGACAGCCUUGGAAGUGACUGUCAGGGACACUGCCGCUGCCUUGCUGAAGGUCGAGGCCCUGGGUGCCUGA